CGGAUAUUAAAUAUCUCCAAUUUACUCUGAUCCACCUUUUUUUAUGAAAUUACAAUAAACAUAUAGAGACUGUUGAGAAUCUCAAGUAUACCCCCGCGUCUCCGCAACCCUCUUAGACGUUUUUUUCGCCGACUUUCGCGCCGCGUCAGAAUAUCAACUCGUUGACUUCAACGGCAAAUCCCCACCAACUCUUUCUUUCUUUCAUCACUCUAUAAUGGCCCCACAAUUCAAGCGCGAAGAACUCGUUGUUCCAUACGUCCACCACCCGGCCCCGGCUCGUAAUGACGUGUCUGGCACCAUCUCCCAGACAUUACCUAUGGCUGCCAUGUUCAUGAGAAACAAGAUGCUCUCGUGGGCCUCCUUAUUUUUGGCCCUCCAGGCGUACUUGAACGAACCAAAGUACAAGGUUGCCAAGAAAGAAGCCUCUACCCCGCCGCUGAUGGCCAUUGGUCUUGCCGCCGUUUCUUUGGUCAUGUGCUACAUGGAGCUUGUCUUCCCGCAGUCAGGCUCCAACCAGGCCUCCCAAUUUGCCAAGCAAGCUGCCGAAACUGCAGCCACCACCGCCAGCUCCAUUGUUUCCGCCGUCACCUCUGCCUAGUUCUUGAAGAGAGCAUUU